CAGUACGCAAACUCCUUAUGACGUAAGAGGAGGACCAACACAACCCUACCUAGAGCAUGAAAAAACUCGCAACUGUUUACUUAAAAUAAGAGCAAUUAAUUCGUGAUUGUGCAUGUUUUAACUAAGAUAUAAAAACUCGAGAUUUAACUACGCUUUGCCAUGUCUGUCAACUAUGCCGCUGGACUAUCUCCCUACGCGGAUAAAGGCAUCUGUGGACUUCCAGAGGUGUUUGAUGAUCCGGACGAGUUGCGAGCUAAAGUGGGGACUUUGGCGCAGUUGAUCAGAGACUCGCAGUAUAUGGUGGUGCACUCGGGUGCAGGGAUCAGCACCUCCGUAGGCAUACCGGACUUCAGAGGCCCGAAAGGCGUCUGGACGAUGGAGGAAAGAGGAGAGAGUCCUCGGUUUGACACUACGUUUGAAGACGCUAAGCCGAGUCUGACUCACAUGGCGCUGCUGCAGUUGCAGAGGGCCGGAUACCUCAAAUACCUCAUCAGCCAAAACGUGGACGGCCUUCACCUGCGCUCGGGUUUCCCCAGGGACCGAUUGUCUGAGCUUCACGGGAACAUGUUCAUUGAGGAAUGUGAGAAGUGCGGCAAGCAGUAUGUGCGCGAAAAGAUAAUUGGGGUCAUGGGACUGAAACCCACAGGGCGCUACUGUGAAGGUACUCGAUCCAGAGGACUCCGAGCCUGCAGAGGGAAGCUGAUCAGCACUAUUCUGGACUGGGAGGACUCACUUCCUGACCGGGAUCUGAACCGUGCAGAUGAGGCCAGCAGACGAGCUGACCUGGCUCUUACCUUGGGUACAUCUCUACAAAUUAAGCCCAGUGGUGACCUGCCUCUUCUGACCAAACGUACCGGAGGCAAAGUGGUGAUAGUGAACCUGCAGCCAACCAAACAUGACAAGCACGCUCAGCUGCUUAUCCACGGUUACGUGGAUAAAGUCAUGGGUCAGCUGAUGAAGCUCUUGGGCCUGGAGAUCCCAGAGUGGGCGGGGCCAACGCUGUGCGAGUUCUCGGGCGGCGACGCGGACAUCCUGCCCUACGGCGCCUGGAAAAAGGAAGUCAAGAUCGAGGUGAAGAUAGAAGAAAAGAAAGAACGUGGGGUGAAGAGGAAACCGCCAAAGAAGGACAGUGAUGGAGGAGUCAAAAAAGAGGAAGAUGAGGGACUAAAGAAAACAUGUAAACGUGAGGUUGUGGGGGAGAUCAGUAGAUCCGAACCGGUCAAUGAGCUUAACAAAGUCAAUGACAAAUCCAAGACUGAACUCUGCUCUUCUUCUGUGGGUGAAGCUAAAAAGCCACGGAUUGACACUCCAUCUUCAUAGAACUUUUGGGUUUUUAUUUUUUAUUUUAUUUUUUAUUUUAUUUUUUUUAUUUUUUUAGGAAUCUCAGUGUACAAACCAGCAAUACAAUCUCAGGCAUAUUCUCUACCACAUCACAAAUCUCCUAGGCAACCAGUGUGUCUUAAACCGGCUUUUACACUGUACGUUUUUCAUCCCGGUUUUGCUCUUGGAGAGCAAAAUCACACAUGCAGUCCCCUCCGAAAAUAUUGGAACAGCAAGGCUAAUUCUAUAUUGAUUACGCUGCACGCUGAAGUCAUUCGGGUUUGAGAUCAAAAGACGAAUACGAGACAGAAUUUCAGCUUUCAUUUCCUCAUAUUUACAUCUAGGUGUGUUUAAACAACUGAAAAGAUAGAACUUUUUUCUUUUUUUUUUUAAACCCAGCUAUGAUCAAAAAUAUUGGAACAUGUGACUGAGGUUUUUCUUGCUGCCCAGGUGUGCCCUGCUAUUCCAAUACUUUCGGAGGGGACUAACUCUAGAAUUAUUUGGUCGCGAGUUGAGAUUGGCCGUUUUGCAGGACGCGUAAUGUGACGUCCUCACUGGUGGGCGGUUUAGUGUGACAAAAGACAGCCGACGACAAAGUUAUGGCGGUGUCAGAAAUUUUCUUUAUAGAAAGAAAUAAAAAAACUCAUCUAAAAGCCAUCAAUGGGAGGACGGCAAAACUCCGUGGACAGUUAAAGUGCAGUACUGCCUAAAAACAUGAUAAAACAUCCUUAUUACCUCAUGCUCGCGUUAAAGGAUGUUUUGGUUUAUAUGAGGCCGUUUUCUGCGUGAGCCCAUAUCAAGCUGAUUAAUGAUGUAAGCAGAGUCUAGGAAUUUUCUUUAGUCACAGGUCUACCGUUAGAGCUAUCUUGUUGUAUAAUCUGACAUGGAGAUCACACGUUAUCACACAGUGUGUUAUAUAUUUGAUUAGGAUCACCUUGUACAAUGUGACGAGUAAUAAUCUUAAAUGAUUGGCUUUACGCCUGUAGAAGACGAAGCUCUCGUCCUCGAGUGCAUAGUGAAACAAGGUGCGAGUUGCAUGCACAGACUGAUACGCCGUUGCUGAUCGCAGUGUAGAGAGUCUUGACGUGCACCAGUAGCUACUCACUGAUGUUACAUUUAACUUUGUAUAAAGCGUAAAAGUUUACUUUGAUGUAGAGAGUCCUGCUAAGCUGUUUUCGAAUAACUAAAGCCUGGCUGAUUUCUCCUUCUAUCGGGGUCUACCGAGUCAAGUCCAGUUUCGACUCUGCUGAGCGAGCGAGCGAGUAGGAAGAGCGCGUGUCACGGUGAAGUGCGAGCUGAAGUGCCGUCACGCUUAAUAGUUUCUCGGCAGCUUGCGCUCUUAUUUUAAUGACCGCGCUCACUGACACUAAGUGUGUGCACUUAAGUCAGCCAUCCUCACACUCUGGGUUAAACUUACUGUUUAAACACUGUGGCCUGAGCUUUGAGAACUGACAAAGGUGCGCACAGUUUUGUUUUAUUUCAUUUUUAUUUUGUUUUUAUGUUGCACGUUCUCCCAUCAUAUUAUACUGGUUACAAUGUGGUUUACUUAACCAAUGCUACUUAAGACGAAAGGAUUCUUUUUUUUUCUUUUUCCUUUUUUUUUAUUUUAUUUUUUUUUAUAUAAAUACACUCCAUUUAUACCUACUGCCACGACACACAAAGCCCCGCCCCUAGCAAGGGAAUAUUGCUUGCAUUCGAUUUACCUCAGAAGUGGAAAGUCAGAGCUUGGAAUUGUCAUUUCUUCUUAAAUUUCUGUAAAGUACAUAAAACACGGACGCCUCCACGUUCGUCUGUUUUUUAGUAUACAAGCUAGCCAGGUAACUGUGAUGAGUGGAGUAUAUUUACCUCCUCAAAACAGCCAACUCUCCAGACGAUGUUCUAGAUGUUGAUCGAUCUAAAAGGCAAAUAUGUUGAUUUGAUGUCCUCAGAGUUGACGGGGCGUUUUCUUUUGGUUUUCCUAGUCGGAGUCCGGGAAUCACGAUUUACAACCUCUAGUUGUAUGAGGCGUACGUAUGCACAGCUUCCGAGAUAUAGAAAUCAGCCGUCGGGAGUGUUUCCACCACAGGAACCAAGGAAUGUUUCAGGAACUUAAGAACAUAAGGCAUUCCCACAAGAGGAACCAGGGCCGAUUAUAUUUCCUGCUCCAGGAGUUACAGGGAUGUACCUUACUCUACUAAACAUCAACGAUCCAUCAAACAGUGACCAGGGACAAACGAUCUUAUCUGGAAUAUAUAUAUACAACAACUGUAUGCAGCUAAGAAGUGCUUGUUUGUUUGUUUUUUUCGAAGUGGAGUGGCACACCUGGCAAAGCAGAACGAUUUAACAAAAAUGUGGUUUUUGCACAGGAACAUGCAUACAUUCUUCUAGCGGUAAGGUCUAAACAAAGUCGAAGCAUGAAUUUUAAAAAGCUUCCUUACUGUGAACAUACUCAGUCAUCAGUGCAACAGCAAUAAUGAACCACAACUUUAGUCUCAACCUCCUCCACAGUUGCUGUGUUAUAUUUGCAGCAGGUGUUGUAUUUGUCACAUAGUUUGCACCACUUUUUUAUUUUUUUUUUACAUUUUAUUUUAAAUAACGGUCCUGGUUCCUUUAACGGGGUGAAAAACGCAAACCAGGAAUGUUGUAAUUCUUGUGUAGGAAAGUUUCAGAACACUUUAGUUCCUUAAGAGGCUCCUGACACAAAACGUACCGGUUGAUGGUGGGAAACUUCGGAGGCCCGGUUGUAAGGCUGCGUUCUGGGACUGAAUUAUCCUCGUGAUGUGACGUGCAUGUUGGUCGAUAGGAGCUUUGCUUGCUCACCGGACAAUGGAAUCACAUUGCCUAACUAGACAACUUUAGCUAUUUCCUUUCAGUGACAUUGUGUUUUUCUAAAAAAAAAAAAAAAAAGAAAA